AUGGGUCGCAAACACCGCCGUCUAGCCAUUAUAAAGAAAUGGUCAGACAUGAAGCGAAGACAGCCACGUUGCAUAAAAAGAAUCCGGGACGAAAAAUGCCCAGAAAUUCCUAUUCCCUCCAUUCGGAGAAGGCGAUCGGUGGAGGUAGUGGAGGUAGAGGCAGAAGAGGAGGAGGAGGCCGGACCCUCCCAGCCUAUUGAGCCAACCCCACCAGAUGUGGGAGAAGUGAAGGAGGUGGAAAGUGCUGUACCCUCCCGCACCACCCCAUCUCAAGACUCGGAGGAAGAGGAGAUGAUCACCAGCCCCCGCCAGGAGGGAAUGAAGACAUUGAACGCCAAAUUGGCCAAAAUGCAAAGGGAGCACCACCAGGAUAUGCGGGCCAUUCAAGAGCGCUUCAAGGCCAUGGAGGAGAGUCAACGCCAGACCAUGAAGGGGACGUUCCAGAAUAAGUCUCACGUGUCUCUGAUGUUCUUCCAUAGAGUUAGAGAAGAUCAAGAUAUCGUCCAAAUAGAUGACUACAAACUGGUCCAGAAAAUCUCUGAAGAUAUCAUUGACAAGAUGUUGAAAAGUGGCUGGGGCAUUGCAAAGACCAAAAGGCAUAACGAGAUAUUCGAAAUGUCCAUAUCGUGA